GCGGACGCGAGAUCUCGGCAGCAGAGCAGCGGAGCGAGCGCCAUGUGGUGACAUGGACGAGGAUGUGGAUGUCUACUUCGCCCAGCACGACAUCCAAAGCGUUGUCAGCGACAUCUUGUACGAGCUGGGCUACCACCGCCCCGCGGAGCCCGGGCCCUUCCUCGCGGCCUACGUGGCGCGGCGCUUCGAGCUGCCGGGCGGCGGCGGACGGGGCCGAGGCAGCAGCGUGGGGCCGGUGGACUACGACGCGGUGCAGCUGCUGUCGGGCGUCCACCACCCCACCGCCGAGGAGCUGGCGGUGGGGCAGAUGCUGCUGGAGAUCCGGAAGCUGAGGCGGAAGUACAGCCGCUUCGUGGCCGAGGUGCGCCCGGACGAGGAGGGCCAGGCGGCCUUUCUGGGCAUCCCCUGGGCGGACUUCGAGGCGGACUACGAGCGGCUGCUGGCGCUGCUGGGCAGCUCUGUGCUCUGGGCCUUCGCCCAGCGCCGCCUGGCGGCCGGGCGCGGCAUCUUCGAGGCCCACAAGGCCCUGAACCAGGAACUGGAGCAGGAGCCGGAGCCCGAAGUGCGGGUGGACAACUGCCUGCAGCUGGCCCGCGCCCUGCCGCCCGGGAGGCUGCUGGAGCUUUUUCGGAAGCUGCACGAGGAGCCCCAGCUCAAGGAGCUCGUCAAGGGACGCACGCCCGGCUGCGAGGAGCUUACGGCAGAUGCGGACGCUCCGGCGCCGGGCAGAAACACCUUGAAGGGCCUCUUCUCCUGCAUCAGUGCGGGAGGGUUUCUCAAGGAGACGGUGUUGGCGUCUCUGCGGCUGCUGGAGCGUAGCUCCAAAGCGACCGGGGGCGCGACCUUUGCUGAGUACAGGCUGCCUCUGCUGGCGGAGGGCGACGCCUGGGCCGACCUCGCGGAGUGGCACCAGGAACUGGGGUCCAUCAGCGAGCGCCUCGCCUGGGUGGUGCAACUGCCGGUCUCGGGCUACGCGGCCCUCAAGGGCCGGCGCUCGAUCUUGGACUACGGGGAGCUGCUGAGCAACGCCUUUGGGCCCCCGCUGAAACUGGCCAUGGAGGGGCCCAAAGAGGCGCAGGGCGCGAAGCUGUCGGAGCUGCUGGAGCGCGUGGUGGGCUUCGAAGUCUCGCCACUCGCCCGUCGAGACCGAGACGGCUGCGGGUCUGAGGGUCUGAGGGUCUGCGCUGUGGAAAUCGGUGUCUAGAGAUGGACCAAAAAUUCUUAAAG